UGUGUAGGUUGAAUGGAUGAAACGGAGAGAGCGGAGAGGUAUAGGCAUGCUGUGAUACGGCCCUAUAUAUUUGCCGGCAGGACUAUCUUCCUUUUAAAGACAACCUCCUCCUUGCAUUGGUUUCCACUCAGUGAUGUCGCGUAUUUGUGUGGCGCACCUGUAAAGAGCGAGACAGGCAGAAGCCGGCUUUUUUAAUUAUUUGAUUCCUUUUCUUUCUUCUGUUCCUUUUUUUCCCUUUUUUUGUUCCAUGCAUUUGCUGAAAGGAAAUCAUUUCUGUGUUUUGAUUUAAUAAAUAUUUCAUUUCCCUCAUUUUAUCUUGUUUGUGUUGGCUUUUUAUGUUUCCAAGUUUGAACUAAGAGAGAGCGGAAUUCAUCAUUUCACGAGCUAUUGGCCAGGUGUUUUCAUUCAGAGAUUGUUUGCCCUAAGGACGUCCAUAACUUUCAUUUAUAGAAACGACGGCAACUCCAAACUAACAUGGCAGUCAGACUGUGCGAUGUGGCUUCUCUGCUUAGAAGUGGUUCGUGGGCGCCUGAGCCUUGGACUGGGCAGGUAAUUGCUGCCAUGGAAACACAGCUGUCCAAUGGGCCAACUUGCAACAACACAAGCAACGGUCCUUCAACAAUCUCAAACAACUGCUCCUCACCUGUAGAGUCGGGGAGCAUAGAGGACAGUAAAACUAACUUGAUAGUCAACUAUCUGCCUCAGAACAUGACCCAGGAGGAACUGAAGAGUUUGUUCGGGAGCAUCGGAGAAAUCGAGUCCUGUAAACUAGUUCGAGACAAAAUAACAGGGCAGAGCCUAGGCUAUGGAUUUGUGAAUUACGUGGACCCCAAGGAUGCAGAAAAAGCCAUCAAUACCUUAAAUGGCUUGAGACUUCAGACCAAAACCAUCAAGGUUUCCUAUGCGCGUCCCAGCUCCGCCUCCAUCAGAGAUGCAAAUUUGUAUGUCAGUGGCUUGCCAAAAACCAUGACUCAGAAAGAACUGGAGCAGCUCUUCUCUCAGUAUGGACGCAUCAUUACCUCACGCAUCCUGGUCGACCAGGUGACUGGCGUUUCCAGAGGGGUUGGCUUCAUUCGUUUUGAUCGGCGAGUUGAGGCUGAGGAGGCCAUCAAGGGUCUUAACUGUCAGAAGCCACCCGGUGCCACCGAACCCAUCACAGUCAAGUUUGCAAACAACCCCAGCCAGAAGACCAGCCAGGCACUGCUGUCCCAGCUGUAUCAGUCACCCAAUCGAAGGUACCCAGGACCCCUCGCACAGCAGGCACAACGCUUCAGGUUGGACAAUCUGCUGAACAUGGCGUACGGAGUCAAAAGCAGGUUCUCCCCCAUGGCCAUUGACGGGGUGACCAGCUUGGCUGGCAUCAACAUCCCGGGGCACGCAGGCACUGGCUGGUGUAUCUUCGUCUACAACCUGGCUCCAGACGCAGAUGAGAGCAUCCUCUGGCAGAUGUUUGGGCCGUUUGGUGCCGUCACAAACGUCAAGGUUAUUCGCGACUUCAACACAAACAAGUGCAAAGGAUUUGGUUUUGUCACCAUGACUAACUACGACGAGGCAGCCGUGGCCAUUGCCAGCUUGAAUGGAUACCGCCUCGGGGACAGAGUGCUGCAAGUCUCGUUCAAAACCAACAAAACACACAAAGCCUAAUACCCACUGAGAUUGUUUCUAGAAAACUCAGCAGAAAAUGGAAACAGAAAAUGGAAGCGCAUUGACCGUAACUUUCUACAUUAGUAAAAACAGCUUUGUAAAUCAGUGUUACGAAGAAAAACAAAAUUUGGCGUCCAACAAUGUGAUUUUUUUUUUUUUUUUUCUUUU